AUGGUAGCGCCAUCUUCAGGGUCCAGCUCACUCAAGGAGUAUUUGAAAAGAUACGAAAAUAAUGAGGAGGAGGAGAAGAAAAAGAAGAAGAAGAAAAAGAAGAUGAAAACUAAGCCUGAUAUGAAUGGUGUUCUUGUUGUUGAUGAGGAUCCUGUUUGGCAAAAGCCAGUUCAGGUUGAAGAAGAAGAUGAUGAGUCACAAGAUGAAGAGAAGCCACAAGUUGAUGAAGAUAUUGAAGUGAAACGAAUGAAAAGAUUAGAACAACUUAAAAGCCAGCGCCCUUUUGGUGCUAUCUCUGAAGAUGGAAGCGGUUGGGUUCCCGUGUCUGAUACUGCUAAAAAUUCCGAUAUCUCUCCGCCACGUAGACGUAGGGCCCGGAAUGAUACACCGGAACCGGAAUCAGAAUCCGAACAUAUAACGGAAUUGAAUUCCGACAUGUCCCCACCCCGUAAACGAAGGGCCCGGAAUGAUACACCGGAAUCCGAUCCCGAUCUUUCUCCUCCUCGGAAGGGCCGCAGUCGAGAGUCUGAUAUUUCUCCUCCUCGACGGGGGCAUAAUCGUCCACAUGAAGAUCUCUCUCCCCCAAGAAAAAAACAUUCUCCACCGAGAAAACCUAUCAAGGAAUCAGAGAGGCCAAAAACUGGUUUAGUCAGUGGUAAAGAUAUAAAAGAAGAAAUUGCUAAAACAAAGAAGGAAGAUUGGUUGAGGUUUCAAAAAAUGGAUCCUUCUAUAAGUGGGCGAAAUGCUGAAGGCGUACGUCGUGAUAAGAGAACUGGGGAACGCCUGACAAAGGACCAGAUCAAAGCACUUCAAAAGGAAGAUGAGAAGCCAAAGGAGAUAAAACUGGAAUGGGGCAAGGGUUUGGCUCAAAAAAGGGAAGCAGAGGCAAGGCUGCAGGAAUUGGAACUUGAGAAGGCUAAACCAUUUGCAAGAACAAGAGAUGAUCCGGAUCUUGAUAAUAUGAUGAAGGACAGAGUUAGAUGGGGUGACCCCAUGGCACAUCUAGUGAAGAAGAAGCAAUCAGAAGUGAUUCUUCCAGAUAUAGGAGACAAUGAGAGGAUGAGAGAAUCAGGGUUUAUAGUUCCUCAACAAGUCCCUAAUCACAGUUGGUUGAAGAGAGGCUUUGAGGCUGCACCAAAUCGCUAUGGUAUUAGACCAGGACGACACUGGGAUGGGGUUGACCGCAGCAACGGAUUUGAGAAGCAAAUGUUCAAUAGACAAAAUGAGAAACAAGCUACAGAAAGAGAAGCUUACUUGUGGUCGGUAGCUGAUAUGUGAAGUGUGCUAAAAUGGGAAAUAUUGUCCUUGUUUUUGCUUGCUUUUUAAUGUGGCUCUUGAUGACUUUUGUGUUGUAUUUUAAUUAAAGUUUGGAUUGGAAUGAGGCAAAUGGUACGUGACCACAAGUAUGAGCAUAUAAUUGCAUGACUGAAAAAAAGGAAAAAAAAAAAAAAAAACUUGCCAUCAAGUUUUAUAUGUAUUAUCAUCAGGGUCAUAUUGAACUUAGAUUUGAAUAAGUAUUGAAACUAGGGUUAAGUGUAACCGUAUGUU